CUGUAAUAAUGGGGUUUAUGCAAUGUGUGCUUGGGCUUUUAGUGCUGGUUGCAUUUGAUCAUGUGUACAGUGCCAGGCCAAAGGCUCGAGUGUUUCAUCCCCGGGUGCUGAUGCAAGAACCUCAACGUGUUGAUUCUCAGCUUAGGGAGCAGUGGAAUUCAAACCAAGGUUCUAAUGGAGUUCAAUCUCGGAGGCCCCAGCAGGCCCUGCUUACUUCAAAUCUGGCACCUUCAAGUAUUCAGUCCAAACAAGAAUUGCUGGGCCCAGUCAAGGAGCUGGUCUGGAAGUUCCCAAAGGUCCAAGAAGAGCCAGUACAGCCAGAUUUUAACUUUGAGUUGCAGCAGCCUAGACCUUCCGACAGUGUAGCAGUCCAGUGUUGGGAAAAUGGGGUGCAUGUGGAAGUGAAGCAGGACUUCUUUGGUACUGGCCAGCUGCUUGAGCCCUCUCUUUUAUCUCUAGGGGGCUGUGCUGUAGUGAACGUGGAUGCAGCUGCCAAAGUCCUGAUCUUUCACUCUGCACUUCAGGAGUGUGGUAGUCAGUUUAUGGUGACUGAGAAUGAGCUUGUCUAUAUCUUCACCCUUGAUUAUAGACCAACAGCAUUACAAAGCACUCCAAUUGUAAGGUCCAGUGGUGCUACAGUUGGUAUUAAAUGCCACUACCCCAGGAGACACAAUGUGAGCAGUAAUGAAGUGCAGCCAGCUUGGAUCCCAUAUGCGUCCACCCAGGUUGCAGAGGAUAUUCUGGUUUUCUCCCUGAAGAUCAUGACUGAUGCU